UACUCAUCCAUCUAUCAACCUUCUCUCUUGAAAAAAAAUAUUCAACCUUCAUUCUUCUCUUUUGCCACCCAAAACUCUUUUUCCCUCAUGGAUUCCCCUGAUAGAGAAGCUUAUGAGAGGGAAAGGGAAGCUGAUGAGAGAGAAAGGGAAGCUGAUGACAUACAAUGGGAGUAUGAUUGUCAACUUGAUCUUGAACGUACAGCGAUGCUCAUGAUGUACGGAAGCACUUCUCGUCGUGGUUCAUCGUCACGAAAAUCAGUGAGGCGCAACAAGGAAGACGGUCACAAACGCUUGAUGCAAGAUUACUUCAACCCAAAUCCAACAUAUGAUGCCAAAGCCUUCACAAGACGAUAUCGGAUGCCCCCUGCCUUAUUCAACCGGGUCAUGAAUGAUGUUGUCAACUACGAUGUCUACUUCAAGCAAGGAAAAGAUUGUGCAGGUCAUGACUCAUUCUCCCCACACCAAAAGCUUACUAGUGCUUUUCGUAUGCUUGCAUAUGGAUGCUCAGCAGACUCGUUGGAUGAAACUUGUCGAAUGGGUGAGAGCACUGUAUUGGAGUGUUUGAGAAAGUUCUGCUUAGCUAUCACCAACAUUUAUGGUGCUCAAUACUUACGUGCACCAACAAUGGAAGAUACUCGUCGCCUCCUUCGUCAUGCUGAACAACGUGGUUUUCCAGGAAUGAUUGGUUCUAUUGAUUGAAGCACUGAGAGUGGAAGAACUGUCUGACUGGGUGGGCAGGACAAUAAACUUAGCACAAGAAGAAACCAACCAUUGUCCUUGAAGCUGUAGCAUCCUACGAUACAUGGAUUUGGCAUGCAUUCUUCGGAACACCGGGAUCAAACAAUGACAUCAAUACUCUUGGAGUAUCCCCACUGUUCGAUCAAGCAGUACGAGGAUUUGUUCCCAAUGUCAGGUAUGAGGUGAAUGGUAAGACGUAUGAUCAAUGUUAUUACUUGGCUGAUGGAAUAUAUCUUGCGUGGGCUA